CCCCUCUCUCUCUGUCUCUGUCUCUCUCUCUAAAAACACACUGCACACAAACGACACACUUUCGUGUGGUUUUCUUGCAAGAACAGAGAGAGCCUCCUAAUCUCUCUAAAUACGGAUUUUUAAUAUAUUCCUAAGAAUCUUCUCUCCAACUAUCCGUUAUUUUUCUCUCAUAUUCUCUCUCUCUCUCUCUCUCUCUCUCUCUCCAAGUUGCAUAGAAACUGAAGCAAAGACCACCCACCAUGUGUGUACCAGACGCAGAGCAAGUUACCGAGGGGAUUGACAAUCUGGGUCUCUCUGACCAAGCUGAGAAUCACAAUCCCUGGUCUUUGCAUUCUGAAUUGUUGCAGACCCAGAUGGAGAUUGCAGAAAAAGACACUUCCUGUGAUCAGAUUACUCUGGGAAAUUCAUUUCCUCUGGAAAGCAUUUAUGAGGAUGCAGCAGCUGCUGAUAGAAGACAUAACCCAUUAAGUAACUUCAUCCCUACCCUAAGGUCUGGAGAGUGGUCUGACAUUGGAGACCGUCUUCAUAUGGAGGAUACUCACAUAUGCAUUACUGAUCUAGCACAGAAUUUUGGUUGCAAUUUACUUGGUGAGGAAGCUGUCUCCUUCUAUGGUGUGUUUGAUGGACAUGGGGGAAAGGAUGCAGCACAGUUUGUUCGUGACCACUUACCAAGGGUCAUUGUUGAAGAUGCUGAUUUCCCUUUAGAACUUGAGAAAGUGGUCACAAGGUCAUUCAUGGAAACUGAUGCUGCUUUUGCAAAGUCAUGCUCUCUUGGGUCUGCCCUGUCGUCUGGCACAACUGCACUCACUGCAAUGAUAUUUGGGAGAUCUUUACUCGUUGCAAAUGCCGGAGAUUGCCGGGCAGUACUGUCUCGACAUGGAAUGGCCAUAGAGAUGUCGAAAGAUCACAGGCCUUGCUGCAACAAUGAAAGGAUAAGGAUCGAGUCACUGGGGGGAUUUAUCGAUGAUGGCUAUUUGAAUGGUCAGUUGGGUGUAACCCGUGCCUUAGGUGACUGGCAUAUCAAUGGACUAAAGUUAGUGGAAGAAGGCGGACCUGUGAUGUGACGCGAACUCAAGUGUGGGCGACAUUAAACAAAAGAAGAUGAGUUUUUGAUAAUCGGUAGUGAUGGAAUAUGGGAUGUGUUUAGUAGCCAAAAUGCUGUGGACUUUGCGAGGAAGAAACUCCAAGAGCACAAUGAUGUGAAGUUGUGCUGCAAAGAAAUAGUCAAGGAAGCAAUAAAGCGCGGAGCGGCAGACAACCUGACGGUGGUGAUGGUUUGUUUUCAUUUGGAACCGCCUCCUCCCCAUGUGGUGGUGCAACGGCCAAGAUUCAAAAGGAGCAUUUCUGCAGAGGGACUUCGAAAUCUCAAGUGUCUGCUAGAAGGAUAGAGGUUCGAUUUAUCUGUUUACUAGUUUGGUUUUUAAAAUUGGCGGGCAAAGCUAAAGAGUAGUAAAUAAUUGUACUUAGCCGGUGAUGAUGAUGAUGAUAAUUGGCUCAUUUCUGGAGUGGUGUUGUACAUGUAUAUAUACUCUUUUCAUUUUUUUGGACAACGUUCUUGUUUCAUAGUGUCCAACUUGGUUGUCAAGAUACUGGGAGAAAUAAAAAAAAAAUUAAUGGGAAAUUAGUGUUGUUUGUAAACAGAUUUUGUGAUA